UAAUGUCUAUACAUCCGCUCCGGGAUUGCGCUGUCCACCAAAAAAAGCUUCUUGUGCUUGGGAUGCGAGUGUUGGCAGUCAUCGUUAACUCGUCGGAGGAGUCAGUCGUUCAUCUUGAAAACGCAACGCGCGAGUGAAACAACACACAGAGCACACACAACAUGAAUUCAAUACAAAUUUUAUGUUUAUAGAUGGCAGUAGAGCCUUUCCACCAGAGGCAAAUACAUACAUACAUACAUAUGUACUCACAUCUAUACACACCUACACAUGAACAAUGUGCAUUGCAUUUUUGUGCUUCUUUUCCUGUGGUUGUGAGUGAACAAACACAUCUAAAGUGACAUCUCGAAAUUGAAUUUUAAGCUCACGUCGCGAAAUCAAUGAGAAGAAAAAAACACCGGCAACGUCAAAGUGCAGCUUAAUAAUUUACAUUAUUUAAACGGCAUCGCAUUGGAAAUUAAUUUUAAAAUUAAGCUGGCAUAAUAUAUUGCAGAAGCUAAGCUUGAACAUUAUUCAGAGUUAGUGACAGCUAACAAGAUGGUUUGGACAGCACAGAAGAAGAAGCACCAAACAUUAUUAUUAUUUAACAUUAUAGUUGUUGUUAUUUUGUGCGCGUCUUCGGCAAGUGCCACAGAGAUAUCAAAUUAUUACGAGACACAAGGACCAAGUUUCUCUGUGGAGCCGCCAAGUAGGAUAGAAUUCAUGAACACUGUGGGCAACACUGUCAAUUGCAUUGCCCAUGGCAACCCUGUACCCAAUAUACAGUGGCUGGACAAGGAGAAUAAUCCCAUUACAUCGAUAUCAAAGGUUCGUCAUAUCCUGGCCAACAGUUCCUUGCACUUCCCGCCAUUUGCUGCGGAGGAGUUUCGACAGGAUGUUCACUGGUCGGUCUAUCGCUGCAUAGCCUCCAACAGCAUGGGAAGCAUCAUCUCCAGGGAUGUGAUUGUUAAAGCAGUGGUUUAUCAGCACUACGAACCGGAGGUACAAAAUCCGGGCGGAUUUAUUGGCAGUAACGUGCUGAUUAAAUGCAAUAUUCCGUCGUUCGUCAAGGAGUACGUCACAGUGACCUCUUGGCUGCAGGAGCCCAACUUUAACAUCUAUCCAUCACUAGAGGGCGAUGGCAAAAAUCAUAUGCUACCCACAGGAGAACUUUUAAUAUAUAACAUCACCAAGAAUGACUCACAAAAGAUUUAUCGUUGUCGCACACAUCAUAAAUUAACACAGGACUCCAUAGUCAGCAGCAAUGCGGGGAAAAUUCAAUUAACUGAAAUGCGAGAACUGGUGCCGCCCAUAAUGAACGAUAAAACAGUAGCGUUGACAUCAAGAGUUGGGGAUCCAUUAGUGCUGGCGUGCGUUGCUUAUGCAAAUCCAAAGCCCACUUACAGAUGGCAUACAACUCGAUCGAGUACAGAGGAAUCUAUGCAGCAUAUGCUGGCUACAGGACGCGCUAAAAUCAAGGAUGGUACUCUAAUCAUUUCGGCUGUGUCGAAGACAGACAACGGCUUGUUCUUCUGUACUGUCACCAAUUCCGAAGGCAGCGAGACACUGGAGGUGGAACUGUCUGUUUCGUCACCAUUGACGGCCAGCGUGCAGCCACGAGUACAGACCGUGAAUCUGGGCCACACUGCAGAUUUAAUUUGCAGCACAUCGGGAUUCCCAAAAACACAAAUAUCAUGGUUUAAAGAUGGCAAAACGCUGCGCUCGGGCGCUCGAGUGCGUCUUCUGUCCAAGGAGCACAUUCGCAUCACAUCCAUCGUCAAGGAGGACAAGGGCAUGUAUCAGUGCAUCAUUAAGAACGAUAUCGAGUCAACACAAAGUUCUGCCGAACUGAGAUUGGGAGAGGUGUCGCCUCAGUUGCUCUACAAGUUCAUUGAGCAGACAAUGCAGCCAGGACCUUCAGUUUCUUUAAAAUGCAGCGCAAGCGGUAAUCCUACGCCCAAAAUUGUUUGGCACUUGGACGGCUUUCCGCUACCCAACAACGAUCGUCUAAUGAUUGGCCAAUAUGUGACCACGUUCGGCGAUGUCAUCAGUCAUGUGAAUAUAUCAGCAGUUAAAUCGGAGGAUGGCGGCGAUUACGAGUGCAAAGCGAUUUCUCGAGCUGGCGAAGCUUCACAUUCUGCUCGGCUAAAUAUUUAUGGCAUGCCUUAUAUUCGACACAUGCCCAAGUUGUCGGCAGUCGCUGGAAAAGUGUUCUCCCUUAAGUGUCCCAUUGCUGGCUAUCCCAUCGAGAGUGUUUAUAUCGAGAAAGACGGCAUGCGAUUGCCCAUAAAUAUGUGACAGCGUGUUCAAAAUGGAACUCUGGUAAUCGACAAUGUGCAACGAGCUGCCGAUCAAGGAACUUACACUUGCAUCGCUCGCAACAAACACAAUUACACCUCGCAGCGAUCCGUUGAAGUCAAAGUGCUGGUUCCACCCAAGAUUACACCAUUCUCAUUCGCACGCGAUCUGAACGUCGGUGACCGCACAAGUAUUCAGUGCGUUAUUGGCACCGGGGACCUGCCGCUUUCAUUCACUUGGCUCAAGGAUGGAAUACCUUUGCCACAGGCAGCCAACGUGGCCACCACGGCCACGGUCGACAGCGGUGUCAGCGGUGGGCUUAAGGGUACCGGUGGCGCUGCUGGUCUUGGUCUAUUGGGUUCCGGCACCGGAUCGCACUUAUCGCACUUAUCUUCCUCCUCGGCCUCGUCUUAUGCAUCGCCAUCGUCAGCAAGUGAACAGCACGCUGCCCACGCAAUGAAUGAUAAUGGUCGUAGUGGUGGUGAAAGUAACGGCCAAGUGACAAUUCGCCAAAAUGAUGAUUUUACCAGCGCCCUCAGCAUCACAAGUGUGACGAGAGACCAAAGUGGCACGUACACGUGUCGCGUCCAAAACGAUGCCGCUACUGUAACGCACUCUGCACAGCUCAAAGUUAAUGUACCACCGCGAUGGAUCCUAAAGCCCACCGAUCAAGAUGCCAUCUUGGGAAAUGCAGUUAUCGUAUCGUGUAAAGCCGACGGAUUUCCCCUGCCGACCAUUCAGUGGAAGCAGUCUAUAGGCGACACUGGGGAGUAUCGUGAUCUCAGCUUUGCCAUGGACAAUGUCAACUCACAUGCAGUUUUAGUGGUGCACUCGAAUGGAUCGUUAAUUAUAUCGAAAGUGAGUCGAGAGCACGAGGGUAGUUAUCUAUGCCAGGCCAGCAAUGGCAUUGGAGCUGGACUCAGCACGCUGAUUAAGCUAACAGUUCACGUUGGCCCAUCGGUGACUGUGAGCAAAAAGCAGCUGUCAAUUCGUCGCGGCGAGCGCAUCACACUUCGCUGCGAGGCAAAUGGCGAUCAGCCCCUGGAGAUCUCGUGGCGAUCGAAGGCUAUACGCAUUGAUCCCUCUUAUGAUAUACGUUAUCAUAUCAAGAAUUCGCCGCUGGCUCGUGGCGUCUCAUCGGAAUUAACCAUUCUGCAGACCGUGCUAACCGACAGAGGCGAAUACACUUGCAUCGCCAACAAUGCUUACGGUCGUGAUCGUAGCGUGAUCCAUGUCCAAGUCCAGGAGCCACCCAAUUUCCCAGUCAAUUUGCAUGUGCGUGAUUUGGGCAGCAGAUCGGUUACAUUGGCUUGGUCACCGAAUGAUCAGGAUUCGGUCAUUCUAGGAGGCGGAGGCGGCAAUAAUCGCGAUUCACAGCCAAUAUCCAAUUACAUUCUGCAAUACAAAAAGGCGGGAGAUGUCUGGCAUGAGCACAACAAUCAGAAGCUGUUGCCUGGCGACAGAACCACAGCUCAACUAGGCUCUCUUCGGCCUGCUCAGGUCUAUCACAUUCGUCUAUUUGCCGAGAACCAUCUGGGCACAAGUGCACCCAGCGAUGUGCUGUUUGUUCAAACCGAUUCCGAAGUGCCCUCUGCACCGCCUCAAGAUGUCACCUCAGAGCCACUGGGACCACAGCAGUUACUGAUUACAUGGCGUGCUCCUGUGCGCGAUUCGUGGAAUGGCGAGCUCUUGGGCUAUACGAUCUCUUACCAGAAGCAGAGCACUCCCGACAGCGUGGCGAAUCACACAAAGGUUGGCAACCUCAUCACCGAGGGACUCAACGAUUUUCGCCUGACGGGACUGGAGAAGUAUACGCAAUAUGGCAUUACAGUCUCAGCCUACAAUGUCAAAGGAGAUGGACCACCGAGUGCAGUGGCUUUGGGUCACACGCUCGAGGAUGUGCCGUCGGCUGCACCGCGAUCUGUGACCUGCAUAGCAUUGACUGCUCAGAAUAUACAAAUAUCUUGGCAGUCGCCGCCAAAGGAACUGAGUCAUGGCAUUAUUCAGGGCUACAAGCUUCUCUAUGAGCCGGGACUGCUCGAGAGCGAAUACAGCGUGCGGGAAACAAAGAUUACGUCCGCAUUAAGCACAGUGCUGCAUGGUCUGCAACCAUAUACGAACUACAGUGUCCAGGUGCUGGCCUUCACACGAGCCGGCGAGGGCGUCUCGAGUCCUCCUGUGUCCUGCAUCACCGAGGAAGCGGUGCCCGAUGCGCCAGAGCUGGUUAAAUCUGCCGUGAGCACCGAGACCUCAGUGAUAAUCAGCUGGUUGCCACCGCGGCGACUCAACGGCUUAAUAACCAAAUACAAUGUCUAUAUACGCAUCUUGGAAAAGGGUCAAGAACUGAAGAUUCUUAAGGAAAUGCUGCCCGCACACAACCGUCACUUUGAGGCCAAAGAUCUCAAUUUCAGAGAGACCUACGAGGCGUGGGUAACUGCAUCCACCAGAGUGGGCCAGGGACCGAGCACGCCAGUGAUUAAACUUGUGCCUAGCACCUCGAUACCCGCUGCCAUCAUCUCGUUUAGUCAGACGCUGCAUGUCAACUGGAAGUCAGACAUUAAGUUGCCCUGCGUUUUUGUGGGCAAUCCCAAGGCUAGUGCCGAAUGGAAGAUCCUCAACAACCGAGGCAAGAAACAGUUCCCGCUGGAGGUGAGCAACGAUAACACGCUCAGUCUGCGCAACAUUCAGCGCAGCCACGAGGGCAACUAUUCGUGUGUGGCCCGUAAUCCCACAGGCUCCGAUCACAUUGUCUAUCAGCUCUAUGUGCAGGUGCCACCUGCUGCUCCGAUUGUAUCGGUGAACUCGGUGCAAAAGAAUUCGGUGUCCAUUCAAUGGCGAGUCGACGAUAUUGGCGGCUCACCCAUCAAGGGCUACACUUUGACCUACAGACGUGACUCGUCCGACUGGGAGGAGAUUCAAAUUGAUCGUCGAGUCACCUCCUAUAUGCUGGAAGAUCUGCAGUGUGGCACCCAGUACAAGUUCACUAUGAAUACUUACAAUAAGAUUGGUUCCAGCGCCGCAAGCUCAACAGUCUCAGCUCAGACAAAAGGCAACAAACCAUUUGCACCGCAGAAGCACAGUUUCCUCCGCUCCAACACCACGUCAGUGAUCCUGGAUCUAUCCUCGUGGCAGGAUGGCGGUUGUCCCAUUCUUCACUACAGCAUCGAGUUUAAGCGCUACAAAUCUUCGAGUGAUUGGAUAAUUGUUUCCAAUAAAAUCGAGACCAACACUCGCUAUAUCAUCGGGGAUUUGGAGCCGGGAACCGCUUACAAUUUGCGCGUGACGGCAAACAACAAUGCUGGUUCAACCACAAAGGAAUUCUACUUUGAAACACAAAACCUGAUCGGAUUUAGCGGUGGUUUGGGCAACGAUGAGAUGCCCGAUGAUCAGCAAACUGUGUUUAGCGAUGCUCAUCUGAUUGCCGUGAUUAUCUCAUCGAUAUUUGGCACAAUCUUGGCAUUAAUUGGCGCAUUCAUAUGCUUCAAGAACUAUCCACGCACUUUGUUCACCCGCAAUCUUGAUUCACUGAGACCGCAGAAUGGUGGGAGCGAUGGCAAGGAUAUUCAGAGUCGAGAGCACUUUUAUGAACAUGAAAACCAAACUGGAAAUAUUCCUUUAAACUACACAGGAAGUUCCACCAAAUACGAUGACAGCACCCUCUGCAGCUCCGGCGUGAAAGGGAAACGCAGCACGACAACGAGUGUGGGCGGAGGCAACUCCAAUGCGAAUCUGACCAGCAUGAUGGUUGGAUCACCCGAUGAUGGCAAUCACUUGAACACGACCGACAAGCGACAUAAGCGACGUUCGAAGAUCAUCAAAUCGGAAUCGGAGGAAUACGAUAGUCUCAAUAGUGACAGUGAAUUAAGCGGGGAAAGAGAACGCAUGCGUGAUGAUAACAGUUACUUGGAGGAUGAGGAAGUAUCAGCUCAUAACAAGAAGAUGCGCAACAGUGGAGGGAAUAGUAAGGAUAGGUCUUCUGUAUUUAGCAGACCUCAACUGCAUAGUAACAUCUUGGACCCCGUUCCCAUCGACUACCGGCUCUUUGAGCCGACCGCAAAGCAACAGCGCAAAUCAACGCAUUCUGGCGAUGCCCAGCGGAAAGCUCUCGCAAUUGCAUCUACCAAAGAUGCAGCCAAAUGUGCAGAUCUGUCCCGAAGUGUAUCCGGUCGUCAGCGAUACAAAAGUGCCGAUAAUAAUGCCAACAGCGGCACCCUUAAUCGCGAUUGUGGGGAAGCCAACAAGGGCAUCACCCGACCAAUUGCACAGCCGGGGGCAUAUAUUGAAAAACUAAAGCCGCAGAGAAAUGCCGAUCAACAUGGUUGUAUUUCGUCGAUAACAUGCUACAACAAGGGCUACGGUGAUAAGAAUGCCAAAUUAAUUAAUCGAGGAGGAGGAGGAGGAUCAACAGGAGGUGGAGAUCAACUAGAGCUAAUCGGUUCACAUCGUCACAUCUAUAGCAUUGAGCCCAUGGAACUGAUGGCCAUGGAGUCGCUGAGCAACUCCGAGACCUUGGCCAUGGGCAGUACUAUGAUGGAUAACAAUCAAUAUCAAAUGGAAAACAGCUUGGAAAAUAUAUCCAAUUGCAGCGAUCACAUUCUCAACGAAAAGCACGUUAGUCCGCCAUCGGCGUUUAUCGAUAGAAUUGGACAAAUUUGAAAAGUUGAACAAUAGAACGAACAUUAUUGUUAGCAAUAGCAAAAGGAAUAUUUAGUCAUUUAGAUGUAUGUAUGUAUUUAUCUUGUAUAUUGCAAGGUUUCCUUCAGAUUCGACAAUUCAUUUGAUGCUUCAAGUUGCCCUUAGACUGAAAUGUUCCUUGAUCAGAACUUUAAGUCGAUCUACUAAGAGUAUUAUACAUACACUGCCUAAUACAAAAUGAACGAAGAUCAAUUGUCACACUGAAUUCAAGAUCAAUUAAACUUCAAUUUCACAAUUGCAUAUAUUUUGUAGUGUUCAAAGGAAUAUCAAAUGAUCAACUACUUGCAUUUAGACUUAAGAUAGACAAUUAUUGUGCGAUCACCUUUACAGUGGUUAGUCAGUUUGGGGAUUAAAGAUAUUAUUAUUAUUAAUACUAUUAUUAUGAUGAUAUAAUUGGAUUAUAAAUUUACUUAAUUCAUAAACGAAUAGCUAUAGGCAUAGAAUUUGCUAACUGUCUAAUUGGUGUACGAGUGCAAAUCGAGACGAGUCGAGCAUUUCGAGUUCAUAAUUGUUGCAUUUACUUGCAAGCAUUUUUGGGGGACAGGUAAUUUGGAUCAAUGUCAAUAUAGUAUAAUUAGACUGAAGCACCAAUGCUAUCGAUUCAAGAAUAUUAAUGAACAUAUAAUGAUAUCAAUAUCUUAACAUACUCGUAACUUAGAUAACUGACAUUCUUAAAAUUAAUAUAAACAUUAACAAAAACAACGUAGCAUUAACAGUAACUCGUGCUAACAUUUAAGUAUACACUAGUUUUAUACUGUUACAAGCAAUUAUUGCAAUUUUAAAUAACAUAUUCAUAUAUUAUAUUAAUUCAUCAUUACGACAAAUACUUAUUAUAGCGACUCGCGACAAAUAGACCGUUAUAUAUUGUAUGUACAUACAUAACAUACAUUCAUAUGUAUCUAUGUGGAGAUAUGCAUGUAUUGUGUAAAACGUAUGUUAUAAGAAAUCUUACAUAUGCUAAGCAUGAAUGAUGUAUGUGUAUUCGUUUUAAGAUAUUUUAAACUCAAGCUCAAUUUGUACUGUCAAUUGAAAUAGGAAAUUAAAAGGAUGUUGUGUAAAAAUUUAUAAAGUUCGCCAU